AUGACCGAACAGGAAAAAUCAAACACCUUUUAUUACAUGUUUUUGGUGAUUGCCUUUGUGCUGGCAUGUCUAUUCACCAAAUUGGGAUUCUACGUGAAGAUGUUCUUCUUCGGACUGUGUCUCGUUUUUGGAGGACUCGUUGGGGGAUUCGUUUCGGUUCCUUUCGGCAAGAGUCCUCAAAACCAUUUGUGAGUCCUUUUUUCGGUAAAAAAUUUUCGGCAGUUUCUUAAAACCUUGAACUCGAAAAAAGUCAUGUUUUCAGCCGCAUGUUCAAAAUUUUCCAAACUUUCUGCAUGCCGUUGGGCAUUUCAAUCGACGUGAGACACCACGAAAGGCUCAAAUCCAACGAGCCAUUCAUCAUUAUUGCCAACCAUCAAAGCUGUCUCGACGUUUUGGGUUUGUUAGAAUGAUUUAAUCUUGAAAAAAGGUAUACUUUUAGUUAUGACUCACGUUUGGCCGAAAAACUGUGUUGUCAUGCUCAAGAGCAGUUUGAAAUGGCUUCCUGGAUUCAAUCUUUGCGCCUACAUGUGCGAGUCAAUUUAUAUCAACCGCUUUAGCAAGGUAAAUUCCGGCAAAGGAAACAAUCUGAACUUUUUUUUUCAGGAGAAAGCCCACAAAACUGUCGACACAACUCUUGCUGAAAUUCUCGAUAAGAAGGUAGGAGGCAUUGGAAACGCCAAGUCAAUUUGCUAAUUUUUCUUCAGAGAAAGGUGUGGAUGUACCCGGAAGGCACUAGAAACUCGGAACCUCAGAUGCUUCCGUUCAAGAAAGGCGCUUUCCUCCUCGCUAAGCAAGCCAAGGUAAGACAUCCCAUUAGAAUGAAUCGAUUUGUUUUAUUAGUUGUUAUUCAUUAGCCGUUAUUCAGUUUUCGAUUAGUUAUAUUUUGUGAAAUAUGAUUUUUAUUUGCUUCUCGCUGUGACUGCCUAAAUUAUUUUCCAAUGAUUUUUAUUGUCUCAAAUAUUUCAAAAAAUUUACCUGUAAUAUAUUUAGUGUCCUGUCGUCUGCUGCGCCUUCUCUUCGUACAACAAUUUUUACAACCAUGUGAGUUUUAUAUAUUUUUAUAAGUUUCGUUUCCCUGAAAAAAUAACGUUUUAUUCCAAUCAAUAAAUGUCAAUAUAAUUGUACAUAAGAAGUUUUCGGUAAAAAGAGUUUGACAGCGCGAGGAUAAAUAAAUUUCUUGUUCCUGAAAAAAAUACUCCUGAAUUUCAUUAUGUCUACUGGAUAUCGAAAUAUCAAAAAUUCAUCUCUUCGAAUUGGAUUUUUUUUAUAGACAAUAAAUCUAAAACUUAGGUUUUUUUCAAAUAUAGUUCAAAUUUCAGAAAGUAAUCAAAUUUUUCGUUUUCUUCAUUUUUUUAGUUAAUGAUGAAAAAGUAAUUUUUUUUACCAAACAUUGAGCUGAAAUAAAAAAGUUUCAGGCCGAGAAACGCUUCGAUUUCGGCGGAAAAGUGAUCGUUGACGUUCUUCCGCCCGUGGACAGCGAGCAGUUCGAAGACGUCGACGAUCUUUCUAAGCACUGUUACAAACUGAUCCAAGAGAGGAGGGAGCAGCUCGACAAGGAGUUGUAA